AUGGAUCCGAUGGAUAUAGUUGGAAAAUCUAAGGAAGAUGCUUCGCUUCCAAAAGCUACAAUGACAAAAAUUAUAAAGGAGAUGUUACCAGCAGAUGUUCGUGUUGCUAGAGAUGCUCAAGAUCUUCUCAUCGAGUGUUGUGUUGAGUUUAUAAAUCUUAUAUCGUCAGAGUCUAAUGAAGUGUGUAACAAGGAGGAUAAACGAACAAUCGCACCUGAGCAUGUACUCAAAGCACUUCAGGUUCUUGGCUUUGGGGAAUACGUUGAAGAAGUCUAUGCUGCUUAUGAGCAACAUAAAUAUGAAACCAUGCAAGAUUCACAGAGGAGUGUGAAGAUGAACACGGGAGCAGAGAUGACGGAAGAGGAAGCAGCAGCUGAACAACAGAGAAUGUUUGCAGAAGCUCGAGCUAGAAUGAAUGGUGGUGGUGGUGGUGGUGUUUCUGUUCCUCAACCAGAUCAGCAACUUGAUACCCAACAGCCAAAUCUACAAAGCUAAUCAAGAAGCGGGGGAAUAUUUUUCUUUUUAACAUUAUUUUUUUUAGUAGCAUUUCUCUGUAAAGAAGCAAAAAAAAAUUGUGGUCUUGGUUGGUGUUGUUGAUAAGCUCUUUACAUUUUAGCUUAGAUUUGUGUUUUUUUUUUUAUCUUUUGAAUCUAAAAUCGCUUGGGUGAUUCAGAUGUAAUUAGUAAGGUUGUCUUGUUUCUUUUGCAACUGUCUUUUUCAGAUUCCAGCUCCUUAUUCUAUAUGAUCAAGGCCGGAUUUGUCUAAAU